UUUUUUUUAGAAAACUUGACAUGAAAUAAAAGCAAAAACCCACUGAAAAAUAUAGUUUGCAUAAGGUUUGCAAUACUUCUUUGUUUAAAUUCAAUGCAAUUCCAACACCUGUCUAUUAAGUUUUUAUAAAUAUUUUAAAUUUAGUAAAAUCAAAUUUGAGGGGUUUUUUCAAGAAAAACUUGGUUAUUAUUAUUCGUCUUCUCAGAUAUUACUAGCACCCCUGUUGGAAGACUUUAUUUAUUUAUGUACUCAAAAUAAGACCUUGAUAUAAAAAUGUGUAUUAGCCUACCACAACCUAUCGGCUUUUCUUUUGCAAUCAAUGCGUCUCUAACCUUGCUCACCUCUAUUCCAGUUCGUUAGUUCAAUAUUCUCAUCUCUUCAACAACAACAAAAAAAAACUAAAAUGAAUUUUUACAUUGCAAUUCAAUAUUAUCUCAAUGUAUGCAUCUACACAUGUAAAUGUAAGUACAACAUCAUAUUUCAAUCAAACUCAAUACAAUUGACCCACUUCUAUCUCAAGUAAGCAAAUUACAAAAAAAACUGUUUUUAAACGAAAAAAAAAUCAUUUCCAUUAAAAAUUCAAACAAAUCGUCACCCAAAAUGAUUGACUACUGACUACAUAUCACCGGAUUUGCUCUUUUCAUCUUCAUGCCAACUAUUACAAUGUCACCAGCAGUGAUUUGCCUACAAUACACUUUUGUGUCCAUCGCGUAUCCAAAGAGGCAAUUAAUGAUACUGCAACAUUUCAUCAAACGAACAAUCGAUCGAUAAUACAAGGAAAUUAAAAGCACAUAACAUAUUAAAACAAUUGCAAUCUAUGACAUAAUCGAUUGGCUGAUGUGUUGUAUGCGGUUCAAUUUGAUACCGAACGCGACGAGCUGAAGCAAUUACAAUACAUUUUUUCAUGUUCAGGAAGAAAAGUUUAAGAAAACAAAAAACAGUGUUAACAUGGAAUUUCAUGAGGCUUUGUGUUUACUUUUUUUGUCUAGCCUGUGGUUUAUUCUGAAAAUCCAAAAUUUUGAGACCUAUCGCACUACCUGCCUCCUUGGACUCAACCAACCAAACGACCUAAAUAUUUUAUUUAAAUUAGCUCAACACACAACAACUACAAAUAAUAAAACAAACUGCAUUAAAUCCAUCAUCACAAGAGAUAACAAAAGACAAAAAUAACACACUCACUCUUUCUCACUUUCGAUCUCUACCGAUUGCAAUGGCUUCUCUGCGCAAAAGAAGCGCGCAUUUGAAUUUGGAGGUCUCUAAGGUUUCACAUAUCUGGUAGAGUUUGCUUGUGGUUUAGCUUGGCCUAUGCUCAGAUUAUGUUGUUAUUGUUGUUGCCUUAUGGUUUACUAGCAACUUGGAGGGGAAACUUGCAUUAUAGAGUUGGAGUAGUACUACUCUUUGACUAGUUUGCGCAAAACUCCCCAACUUCAGACCAAAACCGAAACACAAACGAUUUAACUAUAAAAGUGCUUCCAGAUACUGGGUUAGGUAUCAUUAACCUGUUUACUUUUCAACUAUUCACAGCUAUUCGCAGUGUGUGCAGACGACGAAACUUGGGAGAAAGAAACAAAAAUAUAUAAUUUUUGGUGAAUUUACAUCCCGGAUUCGUUUUUGUUAGUGGAUUACGAUAUUGAAAAUGAAACUGCUGAAAACAGCAUGUCUCCUAGCCUUAGUGCUAACUUUCGCCCAUGCCGAAGAGGAAAAAAAACCUGUUGAGGAACAAAAAGCCGAAGAAUCAUCUUCCGACUCAGAAGCUUCUUCAGCCGAUGACACUUCAAAACCUAAACGUGGAAUUCACGGAUUCGGUGACUACCAUCAUCACUACCCAUCCUACCAUGAAGAAAAGACCCUGACAAUUCACAAAAAUGUGCAUGUACCAGUACCAGUGUACAAACAUGUUCAUGUACCAGUCGAGAAGCAUGUUCCAGUUCCCUAUAAGGUUAAAGUACCUAAGCCAUAUCCAGUUAUCAAACAUGUUCCCUAUGAAGUUAAGGAAAUCGUAAAGGUUCCCUAUGAUGUUCCAGCUCCAUAUCCAGUUGAGAAGAAAGUACCCGUUGCAGUUCAUGUUCCAUAUGACAACCCCGUCCCAGUGAAGGUCUAUGUGCCAGCUCCUUAUCCAGUCGAAAAGAAAGUACAUGUGCCAGUUAAAGUACAUGUCCCAGCACCAUAUCCAGUUGAGAAGAAGGUACAUUAUCCAGUCAAGGUACAUGUUCAUGUAGACAAGCCAUAUCCAGUUGAGAAGAUCGUACACUACCCCGUCAAAGUUCAUGUCGAUAAGCCAGUCCCAUACAACGUUGACAAACCAGUCCCAUAUCAUGUGGAAAAGCCAGUGCCAGUCCCAGUUAUCAAAAAGGUGCCAGUUCCUGUCCACGUUAAGGUAGAUCGUCCAGUGGCAGUGCAUGUAGACAAGCCAGUUCCCUAUGAAGUUAAAGUUCAUGUCCCAGCUCCCUACCCAGUGAUCAAGGAAGUACCAGUCAAAAUUGAAAAACACGUUCCCUACCCCGUCAAGGUUGCCGUCGAAAAACCAUAUCCCGUUCAUAUUGAGAAACAUGUGCCAGAAUACCACGAGAAGCACAUAAGCUACAAAGAACCCGAGUUCUAUCACAAACAACAUGAGCACCAUGAACCUGAGGAACAGCAUCAGAGCUACGAACACCACGAGCAUCAAGAAGAACAUGAACAUCAUGAACACCAUGAACAUUCUGAACACGAAUACUAGAGGCAUAAAAGCAAAACGAAGGUCUAGCAGAAGGCAAACAAAAAAAAAACAAAAACAACUAUAUCUAGGAGAAGAUGAAAGUAUUCCAAAAAACCACACUCAAUUCAUAUUAUGUAUUAUUUUUAAAAAAAUAUUUGUAAUGUAUAAAUGUCUAAAUGUACCUUCAUUGUGCAGCUUUUAACAAUGAAGGUACAACAGACUUGAUCUGAUAUAAUUUUUAAGUCAAACCAACACAAGAUAAUAACUAUAUGCUGUAAGAGAAUUUUAUAUACGUAUUAUAAUUUUUAUUUUUUGUCAAAUUGUGAUUUUUUUUUUACUUUUUCUAUUUCAACGAAUUUUAAAAAACUAGGGAAAUGACAAAAUCGAACAAAAGAAAAAGAAACCUAAACAAGCCAAAAGAUGAAGAAAUAAAAAAUAUAAAAAAAAACUAUUUAAAAUACAAA